GAGACACAUUUUAUGGGCAGCUAAAUCAUCGUGGAGCGUCGUCGGCCAUUGACUGACGGCAGGUGUACAAAGCAUAAAAUAGAAAUCAAAUAAACUUAUUGCUCAAACAACUUUAGACGAAGGCGCGUGCGUACACAAUUAAAGUUCCUCUAAGUAAAAUGCAAAUAUUAUUGUCAACAAAAUUUGAACACACUACUGAGCAGUUGGACAAAAUGCAGGAAUUGCGCAAUUUGGUGGAGACUGCCAAUGAGUUGGAUAUAAGCGCCGAUGAUAUUUUGCUUUCCAAAUUCCUGACAUUUGUUGGUUGGCAGGUUGGACGCGCUUAUGAAGCCAUCAAUAGGUAUUACGACUUUAAACUACAUAAUCCAGACUGGUUAGCACAUCACGAGGUGCAUUACUUUCAGAAUCAUUUUUAUCAAACACUCAGCAAAUACAUUAUGCCUAAGCCAGACAAAGAUGGGCGUGUGAUUUUUGUAUCGAAAACAGUCGAUGCAUUUAAAACAUUCCCUAAUUAUAUGUACGACAUUAUCGAAAUGGAUGAUUUAAUAUUCGAAUCGCUUUUACUAUUGCCACAGGCGCAAAAAUAUGGAAUCACUGUUAUCAGUGACUUAAGUGGUACCAACAAACGAUUUUUGCGUUUCGCCUCACCCGCCAUGGCCAAAAUGGUGAAUGCCAAAAAUGAUGUUAUGCCGUUUACAUCACGUAUUGUACAUGUCAUACAGAAGGGUAUGUUUUUGAAUGCCACAACCAAUUUGAUGAUGUCCUUUGCUAGUAAAGAGUUCAAAGACCGUAUACACAUUCAUGAUGGCAAAAAUUUUGACAAACUGCGAAAUAUGGUGGGGUAUGAAAAUUUACCGGCUGAGUAUGGUGGCCCCAAAGAAAAUGAGCUGGAUGUGAACAUCUUAUACGAACACUUGUUAAGGCACUCUGCAUAUCUUUCGAAACUCCAAAACUACAAAAGAAAAUUAUUGAACUAA